AUGCUCAUUCAAGAAUCACACAAAGAUGUGCCGACCAAGGCAGCAGGGGAGGGUUCAAUGCGAAUCUAUAUCUUUCACCCUACCAUCCCUGGCUACCCAGACGCAAAGUUUCCCGGUGUCGUUGUGUUUUCGGAAAUCUACCAAGUGACCGGCCCCGUCGCCCGCUUUGCCCGCCAAAUCGCCGGCCAAGGCUACAUCGUCGCUGCUCCGUCGUCGUACCACGAGUUCACGGGUCCCGAGCCGCUCGCCUACGACGUCCCCGGCACCGACGCGGGGAAUGAGUGGAAAAUCACCAAGAAGCUGGCCGCGUACGACGAGGACGCGGAACUGUCCGUCUCGUUGCUGUUGGGCCUGAAAACGUGCAACGGCAAGGUCGGAGCCACGGGGAUGUGUCUCGGUGGCCACCUCGCAUAUCGGUGUGCGUUGGACCAACGGGUCAAGGCUGCUGUGUGUUACUUCGCCACGGACAUACAUAGCCACAGCCUCGGGGAAGGGAAAAAUGACGACUCCUUAAGGAGGGCGGGCGACAUUAAAGGGGAAUUGGUCAUGAUAUUCGGUAAGAGCGACAACCACGUCCCUCCCGAGGGCAGGGAUUUGAUCAGGAAGACGCUGCAUGAAAAGGGCGUCGAGUUCUCCUUCUACGAGGUUUUCGGCGCGCAGCACGCGUUUAUCAGGGACGAGUUGAGCAAAGGCAGAUACGAUCCGGCCAUCAGCAAGGUAUGCUUUGAGAUGCUGCUCGAGGUCUUUGGGCGGAGGCUCAAGCUCGAUCUGGGCGAGCCGAGCGGCGAGAAGCUGGUCAUUGAAGACGUGUGUUGA